UAAAACUUAGAUAAACGUGUCAGACUUGAAGGAUUCAUUAGUGAAUAUAUAGCACGUUAUUAUUUCCAGACAGCCAUGAUGUCAUCGAUACGCGACGACUAGAGCUUGAAUGAAGUUUGUUGUGAAAUUGGAAGUGUUUCAGAGAGAUGACUUCCAUUGAAAAAGCGUUAAAAACCCAUUUUGGGUUCGAAAAGUUCAGAUCGCAGAAGCAGGAGGAUGCUGUUAAAGCAGUUGUUAAGGGUGACAAGGAUGUGUUUGUGUGCAUGCCCACCGGGUCAGGGAAGUCCCUCUGCUACCAGCUCCCUGCAGUGUUGGCGAAGGGCAUUACUUUGGUCAUAUCCCCUCUUAUCGCUCUCAUCCAGGACCAGGUGGAACACCUAAGGGACCUUAACAUCCCUGCGUGCUCCAUCAACUCCAAGCUCCCACCGGGGGAACGCAGUCUGAUCCUGGCCGACCUGCAGAGUGAGAGCCCCAGGCUGAAGCUGCUCUACAUCACCCCAGAGAUGGUGGCCUCCCAUAGCUUCCAGCCCUGCCUGACUGGCUUGCUAUCCCGCAGCCUCCUCUCCUACCUCGCUGUGGACGAGGCCCACUGUGUCUCCCAGUGGGGCCACGACUUCAGACCCGACUACCUAAAACUGGGUGAUCUGCGCGCACGCUUGCCCGGGGUGCCUUGCGUCGCCCUGACGGCCACGGCGCCCCAGAGGGUGAGGGAGGACAUAGCCAAAUCCCUGAGGCUGCACUCGCCGCUCUCCUUCGCCACGCCCGUGUUCCGCAGUAACCUGUGCUACGAUGUGGUGUACAGGGAGCUCCUGGAGGACCCCUACGGGCAUUUGCACGCCUUCAUCCGGGAGGCUCUCAGCCUCGGAGACGGACAGGGUUGUGGGAUCGUGUACUGUCGAACCAGAGAAUGCUGUGAGACGGUGGCUUACCAGCUGACCAGGCAGGGAGUCGCGGCCAAGCCGUACCACGCAGGGUUGAAGGCGGGAGAUCGCACCCAGGCUCAGACGGAGUGGAUGCAGGGGAAGGUGCUGGUCAUCGUGGCCACCGUCAGCUUCGGCAUGGGAGUGGACAAAGCUAACGUCCGUUUCGUGGCCCACUGGAACCUGGCCAAGUCACUGGCCAGCUACUACCAGGAGUCAGGGCGCGCGGGGAGAGACGGGCUGCCCUCCUCCUGCCGGACGUAUUACUCCCCCAGGGACAGGGAGCAGUUGAACUUCCUCAUCCGCAAGGAAGUGGCUCGCAAACAGGCAAAGCGUGGCUCGGAGAAAGAUCAGGACAAGGCUUCCAUCAAAGACUUCGAGGCCAUGGUGUACUUCUGUGAGCAAGAGGGCUGCCGCCAUGCCACCAUCUCUAAGUUUUUCGGGGACCGGAAGCCCGAGUGCGACGCCGCCUGUGACUACUGUCAGGACCCCAAGGCGGUCCGGGCCCAGCUGGAGAAGGCGGCCACCCUCUGCACCAAGACCGGAGCAGCUCAGAGCGCGCAGCCCCGGGGCCCGUUCGGGUUCGACAGGGACCUCUACGCGGGGGGGAGGAAAGGCUACGGAUUUGAGAGGCAUGAUGAGGAGGGCUGGGAAAGCGGAGACGAUGGCGAUGGAUCUGAGCUCAGGAGGAAGGAGUUCGGAGAUCUCUUCAAGAAACAAAUGAGCCUGCGCAAGGUGUCUGAGGGCCGCAGAGAGUCCUUCCUUGCUCCAGAUGACGGCUGUCCGCUAAAAGAGGCCAGCAGCCAGAAGAUUCCCAGACUUACUGUGAAGGCCCGGGAACACUGUCUGGCCCUGCUACAGGAGGCUCUAACCAACCACCAGGUGGCAGCAGCGGGCACAUGCAGGUCAGACAGGCUUUCCUUGGCGGUGGAUAUUGAACAUGAGGUCUUCAAGAGCACUAAGUCUUCCAACCUGUACAAAGCGGCCGUCCUGAAGAGGGUAUCAGAGAUGAAGAAAGCAGCGUGUGUAGAGGGAGCCAGCAGCUCCACUGAGGCCACAGAGACGACCAAGACUGAAUCCAAUGAUGAGGCAGCCUCCUCCUCAUCCUCCAUGCCUGAGGAGCAGCAGGGCUUCACUCCCGCCUCCCAGAUCUACUCACUGAAGCGUAAGAGGAUAGGAGCCGGUCUAAGGGGCUCCUCCAACCCCUUCCAGACAGCCAGUGAGUUACUGAGGGCCUCCAAAUGUGAGGACCCCACCACAGGGACGGAUCCAGGGGCCAACAGAAGGAUACUGAGUGGUGGGUUCCACCCUGAUGGCCUGGCAGGGUCUGGGGAGUCAGGCAGAGAGGAGGAGCAAAGGAGGCCCGGAUGCAGCGAACCAACCAUCACGUCCUCCAUCAGAGAUAAAGCCAGUGCAGUUGCUGCUUCCCUAAGCAGUCCCACCAAACCCAGAGGCAAGGCCUUGACCAAGAAGCAGCAGAAGCUAGCGGAGGCUGCUAAGAUUUCCCGCAACAUUGCCCAGUACUUUGGGAAGAAACCCAGUGAAAACCUUCCAGAGGUGAAGAUGAAGAACCAUGACGUGUCUUCUCAGGUCCUGUCUCCCACGUCACCCCCUAUUCAGGACAACACACCGGCUGCUGUCUCCGUGGACACCAUCCUUAUGGAUACUAGUCCCAUGGAAAACAUAUCCAUGGAACCUGUCCCUACACACUACAACCCCAGGGAAAUCAUCAAGUUGGACGAUGUUGACGAGGUUAAUGAGGAAGCUCGAUUUGUCCUGGAGCCGGCCCCAGAGCAAAACACCCACAACAACAAGACCAAAUUGCUGCUAAAACAAAGGCUAUCUGAGGACUGUGAAGAGAGAGAGGCCCUCCCCCCAACAAAGCGGACCUGCUCCCACUCAGACAGUAAGAAGAGAGUGACCUUUAACCCCAGAGUUCAGGAGACUGUACUGGAGCCAGGGAGCCCCAGCAAAGCCCCCCCCAAGCCUGUGUCUCUAAAGGAGGUGGCUGACAUUGUGGUGCGCUGUCUGGAUCCUUUCUACACCCAGGGGAAGUUUUCCACCAAGGAGCUGUUCAAGUCAUUUGCCCGCUACUUGUCUCAUCUACUAGCAGAGGGGAGGAAUAGAGGAAGAGGUCAAGUAAAAAUGCAGGCCAGAUCUCUGAUAAAGAAGUUCUUCAGCAGCGUGAAGCGCUGUGAAAGCGAGGCGGACUGGAAGCACCUGAAGGGACCCCCCAGCGCUAAAAUCAGUGAACACAGAGGAACGGGGGGAGGAACAACGGAUGAGAAGUUGGAGGAUAACCAGGAAGUGUGAUCCCUUCUUCCAUCCAUUCUCCAACAUAUGCCCGUCAUUCCUUACACGUUUGCAAAACCAAGAUACUGAGCCAUGAUAGGUUGGCUGCGAAGCUGUCUCAACCCCAGGCUCAUACUGCCUCGGCGCGGAGAACCAGUGUUACGGAGCAGUUGAACGUUUACUGUGUAAAGCACGCCAGUGCUGCUGGGAAACAGUUAGUCAUCCCUGGUCAACUCCAAACAGUGGUGGCUUUCAGUUGGAUGUUGAGCAGCAUGUGACCCAGACAUGGAUGCUAUUGGUCAGGCCAGGCCAAACCCCUCUGCUGCUAUGAUACACCCUGGUCUGUCAUUCUAUCUGACUGAUCAAAACCACUAACACUGUUCUUGAUUUAUGUUAGAGCUGUCGUUUAAUGUAUUUUUGUUUUUGUUAGAAUGACUGUUAUUUGGUUUUAUGAAGUUGUCACUACUAAGAGGAGAGCUUGAGUCUGUGCUGGUUCUGAUUGGGUGCCUUUUUAAAUAGAUAUCCAAAGAACGCUUGAUACACAAUUGGGCAGUACACUGUCAUCACACAAUGAUGCCCCAAAACACCCUGCCAGCACACAAGAUGCCCCAAAACAUCCUGCCAUUAUACAAAGUACUGUUUGCUCCUUGUGAGACCUGUUUAGAAUAAAAUCUUGAAUAAUGAAAUUUGUGGUGACAGACCGCUUAUUGUUAGUUUAUGAAGUGGCCCAUGGGUU